CGAUGAAGCGAGCCUCGCACCAGGCGAGUCUCUGUUUCGACAUGGCUUAUUCCACCUCCGUCUCCUUCUCCCUUCCUCGCCUUCGAUCCUCGCAUCCCUCCAAAUCCCAGGGCCUACUCCCCUCACUCCCUCUCUUCGCGGCCCCCUCUCGCCUCCGGUCGCCGCUCCGAGCCUCCCGGAAGCUCUCCAGCUACCCCCAGGAGGCGGUGGUCGUGCUCCCGGACGCUCGCGCUUGGGUGGGCGAUCUCGGCGGCUAUGAUGUGGAUGACGACGAUGGCGACGAGGACGACGACGAUGGCGACGACCGGAGCCUCGAUCUCCUCGCGCGGUUCCUCGACAACGUCUUCCGCAAGAUCUCGCGGCGGGCGCGCAAGGCCGUCCUAUCUGUUCUGCCUCCUUCCGUCCCAACUAAAUUGGUGGGUUUUUCGGUUAAUGGGGUUUUGAUUCUGGCUUUCUUAUGGAUUCUUAAGGCGCUCCUUGAGGUGAUCUGCACGCUUGGGAGCAUAGUGUUUGUAAGCAUCUUGUUUGUCCGAGGAGUAUGGUCUGGCGUGUCCUACAUAAGAGAAAACCAGUAUAGCUUCAUGAACAGGAUUGACAAUGAUGACAGCAGAUGGAGCGGUGCACAGGCUGCCACUUGAUUAAUUUUUUGCCCCAUCUUCUUAUAGGGCGCUUGAAGAGAAGACGAUUGCCUCCAGAAUAUAAACAAAGGUCUCAUGUAUCAGGAUCUUGAGAUGAAAUAAAAAAUAAAAAAAAUCCCAGUGGAGUGAUCAUGGGGAGUAUCAGCAUCGGCAACUAAGAUUUGGUGAUAUCCUUUUGAAUGAUUUUCAUAGUCCAUACUUUGGGAAUACCUCUAUGCAACGAACCUUUCAGAUAAAGCAUGAUGAAGGGGUAACAAUUCAUAUAAAAAUACGGUACCAAGAGAAAGGAUUAUAUGAUUUGAAAUUUAAUAGUCAAGGAGCAUACAAUAUUUUGUCUCAUCAUAGUAUUCCUUUCCGAGAUGGCUGUUCAGAUGAAAUCCAAGUUACAGACUUGGUUAUACUACAGGAAUUUGCUAUGAUGCCGCUGCUGCUUCAUAUAUCAUGGGGAUAAUUUGUAUUACUUUUCAAACCCUGCAGUUAUGGAUCGAGAUGUAAGCCAAAGGGAUGAGGGCCAACUGACCUCGGAACUGUCGUUUAUCUGUUGGACCAGUGAGCGGUUUUGCCAACUCAAAUCAUUGACCUUGUAAGCAAAUUGAUGUCAUUUGGUAUCUUGGGAUAAUUGCUGUUUUAGUUUCUCGUGGAAUAUUUUUUUGUCGGAUUGUUCUAAUGUAUAUGUAACAAGCCAUUGUAUUAUAGACAAUAACCAAUUGGACCUUGCUCAGCAAUUGGUAUAUUCCUUUUCUAUUAUGGUGUUCAUGACUUUGAGAUA